UCGAAUCCAGAGCAUCGACAGACAACUUGGCGGGUAACGGGAAUUAAAAUUAAAAGAAAGAAAAAUCAAAUCAAAAGCCUGAUUUAAUACUUGUUUGAGGCCCGACAGCAACACAUGAACAGAAUCAUCCUCUUGUUGCUUUCCAUCAUUGCUGUUUCGAAAUCGUCAUUUCUAAUCAAAACACUUCCCCCCCUCUCUCUCCUUUCUCUUCCAAAUUAGGGUUUUAGUUUGUUGUAAAUCGUCUUCUCGAGCUUCUUUCAUGGAGAAAUCAGUCGCUGGCGAUGAACUUAGUGAAGAAUCAACGUCGGAUUCUCCCGACAACUCGCAGGUGUCUUAUCAAAAGGAGAAGAUUGAAGAAACCUCUCUAGUUCCGCAGUCUAGGAGGCCUAGCCUCUCUUCAUUGCAAAUACCAGCAAGGUCUCUUGAGAAUUCAUUAUCAGAUCUUACAAAGACUGAUACUACUUCAGUAGCAAGUCCAAGUUCUACUAGAGCAGGGCUACCCCCGAGACCUAAUUCUGCCAGCUUCAAAGCCUCGGUUAAAAAUAUGCUUCCUCAGAGGAGCUUUAGGACAAAAAGUUUGUACCAGGAUGGUGAGAAGACGGUUCUCAUAAUCCCAGAUACUCCUCAUUCGAAUGCUCCUCUGGACAAACCUUCGACUUCAAGGUCCUUUUCUCUCAAUAAGGUUUUUUUCUCUCCUUCAGCAAAAACAAUACAUUCUUUACCAGUUACGCCAAAUGCGAAUUCUGGUCCCCAGCCUGUGGUGGAAGGGCGUUCAAAUUGUCAUUCCGAUGUUUCUAAGUUAGAAGUUCAGCAGCAUAUGAAACGUUCAUUGUCAGUUCCAGUAAAUAUUAAAAUCAGAAGUUUGAGGAGGACAGAUUCUGGAGGACUGUUUCGUGUUAUUUCAGCAACUCCUCGUCCUAAAGUGGUUGAUAGAGCUUCACCAGAUAAUGCCCCUACAACGGAAAUUGAUGUUGAAGAUGCUGGUGAAGAUAUUCCUGAGGAAGAGGCAGUUUGCAGGAUUUGUUUGGUUGAGCUUGGGGAAGGAGGUGAAACUCUCAAGAUGGAGUGUAGCUGCAAAGGAGAACUUGCACUUGCUCAUCAAGAGUGUGCAGUGAAAUGGUUCAGUAUCAAAGGAAACAAGACGUGUGAUAUCUGCAGACAGGAAGUUCGAAACCUACCUGUAAUGCUUUUGAAGAUAAAUAAUCCUCAAACGGUUUCUAGACGGCCACCGAGUGUACCGCAGCAGAGGGACCUAGCCCGUUACAGGGUAUGGCAGGAUGUACCUGUUCUUGUCAUGGUCAGCAUGCUUGCAUAUUUCUGCUUCUUGGAGCAACUGCUGGUCUCUGACUUGGGAUCCCGUGCUCUUGCCAUUUCUUUACCAUUCUCAUGCGUUUUAGGUCUCAUUUCUGCCAUGAUUGCUUCCACCAUGGCAGUCAGCAGGAGUUACAUUUGGGCAUAUGCUUCCUUCCAGUUUGCAAUUGUGAUCCUGUUCGCUCAUAUUUUCUACACCGUGCUUAAUGUGAACCCAAUUCUUUCAGUCCUCCUUUCCUCUUUCACUGGAUUUGGCAUUGCAAUUAGCACAAAUUCUCUUUUGGUGGAAUACUUCAGGUGGAGAACAAGCAGGCAUGUGCUGUCUUCCAAUCGGCAGUUUAACAGAACAGGGCAGCAGCGUCAGCAACAGCAGCAUGAACCACAUCAACAACUGCAACACCAACAUUCUACGGAAGGUUCUGUAGUUGGAACGACUGAUGGUCCAAGGCAGCAAGAAGUGAUGAUUCAAAGCACCUAGUUCCUAGAGAGAUGCCAAAUUGUUCGUCUUUUCUCAAAGGCUUGAUUGUUCUUGAGAUCAAUUACUGGGGAAGUUUCGAAAACCCCAUCAUUGUAGAAGUCGAAGUAUUCAUCGAUGCUAGAAAUGUGUCAUACGUCUGUGUGUUCAUUUGCGCUGUUUUCAAUCGGUUUACAUACAGAAAGGAAGGUGUAUGUACUAUUGUUUAUUACUGAUAACAUGAAAACACAAUCACAAGGCUCGAAUGAAAAUUUUCAAUAAUACAGAAAUUUUGAAGAUUGUUUCCUUGCU